AUGUCCGCUGUUGAAACAGUCACUGAAGUCUCGCAGACCCCGUCAAUACUCAACCUCCGCGGAGGGGAUAAAGAGCAGAAGACAGAGUCAUACUCCUAUGCUCACUUGCUUCCCUAUUUCUCACCUGAGAAGUACCCACCGCUCGCACCCUUCAAACAUGAAGAUCCAGGCUUCCGUGCACUCAAACACGCAGAUCCCCGUGCAUUCCUUAAGAAUGCGAUCAGCGUGGUCGAAUUGACACCCAAUCUAGGCACAGAGGUCAACGGUGUGAACCUCGCUACCCUUGAUAGUGAUGGGAGGGAUCAACUUGCGCUCGAAGUUGCGAGAAGGGGACUUAUGGUUUUCAGGGGCCAGCACGAGUUUAUAGAUAAAGGAUCGGAAUUCGUACCUAGAGUGGGGACGACACUUUGGAAGGUUGGUCGUGCUUCUCCUUUGUCCGCUCGAUUGGGCAAGCUGCACAUUCACCCUACGUCUGGGCACCCCAAGGAUUACCCGCAAAUUCACCUUGUCUACAGGGAUGCAAAUUCGUCUUUCAACUUUGAAAGGGAGGAUAGCAUCACAUCGACCGUCUGGCACUCCGAUGUCUCGUACGAGCUGCAGCCCCCCGGGCUCACAACGUUUUUCCUUCUCUCGCAGCCAACGACAGGUGGAGACACAUUGUUCACGUCCCAGGUAUCAACUCUUAAGAAGCUCUCGCCCUCGUUCGUCGCCUUCCUGCGCACACUCAGCGCGGUGCACUCUGGGGUCGAGCAGGCUCAAUUCUCGCGCUCAGGCAAGCGUGGCGGUAUCGUGAGACGUGAGCCAGUGGAGCAUGUCCACCCACUCGUGCGGCGUCACCCGGUCACUGGAGAAGAAGCAUUGUAUGUCAAUCGCCAAUUCACAACGCGUAUCGUUGGCCUGAAGCGCGAGGAAUCUGAGACUAUCUUGAAGUUCCUUUACGAUCAUGUUGAUAAGAGCGGGGACCUUCAAGCCCGAGUGAAAUGGCAGCCUGGCACCGUCGUUCUCUGGGACAACCGUGUCACUGCACAUUCUGCCAUCGUUGACUAUGGAAAGUCCAAUGAACGCCGUCACGGAGCACGUAUCACCCCGCAGGCAGAGAGACCGAUUCCUGCUCUGGAAGGCCUUGAACUCGGUAGUGCUUAAUGGACCAUUGAAUGAAGAUUGGCAGGCUUGAGUGCAGCCUAUGUUAAUUUGUAUGCAUUAGAUCUGUGAUAUUGCGAUUUGAAACCAUACCGU